UAGGGCGGAUUGGACUUUAUUAUUCUAGCAUCAAGGCAGCAGGUUUCUGCUAAGUUUGGAGUUACUCUUGUCACCGCCACUGUAUGCCUGCCUGAAGUAGUUAAAACAAGGCACUGCAGCACAAGGAGUCUGCAUGUCUCAAUAGACAUGCUCAGCUUUGUGGAUACACGGAUUGUGUUGCUGCUUGCAGUAACUUCAUACCUAGCAUCAUGCCAAUUUGAAACGGUAGGAAUUAAGGGUCCCCCGGGAGACAAAGGACCUGACGGUGACAGGGGUCUUCCCGGUCCAAAUGGAAGAGAUGGCGUACCUGGUCCCCCUGGCCCUGCUGGCCCCCCUGGUCCCCCUGGUCUUGGCGGAACAUUUGCUGCUCAGUUUGAUGGUGUGAAAGGCCCCGAUCCAGGCCCUGGCCCAAUGGGCGCAAUGGGACCUCCAGGCCCACAAGGAACUUCUGGUGCACCUGGACCCCAAGGAUUCCAAGGACAUCCUGGUGAGCCCGGAGAACCAGGACAGACCGGUCCUGUUGGCGCCCGUGGUCCCCCUGGACCCCCUGGCAAACCUGGUGAGGAUGGUAACAAUGGCAGACCUGGCAAGCCUGGAGACCGAGGCCCUGGUGGACCUCAGGGUGCCCGUGGAUUCCCCGGUACCCCUGGACUCCCUGGAAUGAAGGGACACAGAGGCUACACUGGUCUGGACGGUCGUAAAGGAGAGCCUGGAGCAGCUGGUUCCAAGGGUGAAAGUGGUGCUCCUGGUGCUAAUGGAACCCCAGGUCAGAUGGGUGCUCGGGGUCUUUCAGGCGAGAGGGGCCGUGCUGGACCCGCUGGCCCUGCUGGUGCUCGUGGUAGUGAUGGAAACACCGGACCUGCCGGCCCUGCUGGUCCUCUGGGAGCAGCUGGUCCUCCAGGUUUCCCAGGUGCCCCUGGUCCCAAGGGAGAGGUUGGACCUGCUGGUCCCUCCGGUCCAGCUGGUGCUCAGGGUGCGAGAGGUGAGCCCGGUCCCAACGGCGCCGUUGGCCCUGUGGGUCCCACUGGUAACCCUGGUAACAACGGUCUGGCUGGUGCCAAGGGUGCUGCUGGUGCCCCUGGUGUCGCUGGUGCCCCUGGUUUCCCUGGCCCAAGAGGAGGACCCGGACCACAAGGCCCUGCGGGUUCAGCUGGAGCCAGAGGCCUCAGUGGAGACCCUGGUCCCUCAGGUGUGAAGGGAGAGGGUGGAGCCAAGGGUGAGCCCGGUUCUUCUGGACCCCAAGGGCCCCCCGGACCUGCUGGUGAGGAGGGCAAGAGAGGCCCCAAUGGAGAGCCUGGGGCAUCAGGGCCCAUGGGCAACCGCGGAGAGAGGGGAGUUCCCGGAACUCGUGGACUUCCAGGACUGGAGGGAAGAGCAGGCCCAAUGGGAAUGCCUGGCAGCCGUGGUGCAUCUGGCCCCUCUGGUGUCCGUGGACCCCCCGGAGAUGCUGGCCGUGCUGGUGAACCUGGUCUCGUGGGCGCAAGAGGUCUUCCUGGCAGCCCUGGUAGCUCUGGCCCACCUGGAAAGGAGGGUCCUUCUGGUCCAACCGGUCAGGAUGGCCGCACCGGUCCCCCCGGCCCAACAGGCCCAAGAGGUCAGCCUGGUAACAUCGGAUUCCCCGGUCCCAAGGGCCCUGCUGGUGAUGCUGGAAAGCCUGGCGACAAGGGUGGGGUCGGCCCCACUGGUUUGAGAGGUGUCCCUGGCCCCGAUGGUAACAACGGACCAGCCGGUCCCCCUGGAGUAGCUGGCAACACUGGAGACAAAGGAGAGCAAGGACCUGCUGGUGCUCCUGGUUUCCAGGGAUUGCCUGGCCCCGCUGGACCUGUUGGUGAGGCUGGCAAAGUUGGUGAAAGGGGUAUCCCUGGUGACAUGGGACUCCCAGGACCUGCUGGUGUGAAGGGAGAGCGUGGAAACCCCGGACCUGCUGGCUCAACUGGCCCUCAAGGAGCCAUUGGUCCCCGUGGACUUGCUGGUACUCCUGGUACCGACGGAGGCAAGGGUGAGCCUGGCAGCGUUGGACUUGCUGGUUCUGCUGGGCCCCAGGGACCUGGUGGCAUGCCUGGUGAGCGUGGUGGUGCCGGUACCCCUGGACCCAAGGGCGAGAAGGGUGAGAUUGGACACAGAGGACUGGAAGGCAACCCUGGCAGAGAUGGUGCACGUGGUGCCCCUGGGCCCAGUGGACCCCCAGGACCCUCUGGUGCUAAUGGUGACAAGGGUGAAACUGGCUCCUUUGGUCCUCCUGGCCCUGCUGGUGUUCGUGGUCCUCCUGGCGAGCGUGGUGAGUCCGGCCCUGCUGGUCCUCCUGGCUUCGCUGGACCCCCUGGUGCGGAUGGUCAGCCUGGUCCCCGAGGUGAGAAAGGCCCUGGUGGUGGAAAAGGUGACGUCGGUCCUGCCGGUUCCGCUGGCCCUGCUGGAAGCUCUGGACCUGCUGGCCCCUCUGGUCCCGGUGGCCCCCCUGGCGCCCGUGGUGAUGGCGGUCCACCCGGUUUGACUGGUUUCCCUGGUGCUGCUGGCAGAGUUGGCCCCGCUGGCCCUGCUGGCAUCGUUGGACCACCUGGACUCACUGGCCCUGCUGGAAAGGAUGGCCCCCGCGGCGCCCGUGGUGAUAGCGGCCCUGCUGGACCUCCAGGCGAGCAGGGUAUUGGUGGACCUCCUGGCCUCGCUGGAGAGAAAGGCCCAGCUGGAGAGAGUGGUCCUCCUGGCCCUGCUGGUACUCCUGGACCCAAAGGUAUGCUCGGCCCUUCAGGUUUUGUCGGUCUCCCCGGCUCAAGAGGUGACCGUGGUCUCCCUGGCGGUCCUGGUGCUGUUGGUGAGUCUGGUAGACUGGGCCCAGCUGGACAGGCUGGACCUCGUGGACCUGCCGGUAACAUUGGUAUGCCUGGCAUGACUGGACCCCAGGGAGAGGCUGGGCGUGAGGGUAGCCCUGGCAAUGAUGGUCCCCCUGGCCGCCCCGGUGCUGCUGGCUUCAAGGGUGAUCGUGGAGAGCCUGGAUCUUCCGGUCCUGCUGGAGCCGCUGGAGCUCCCGGACCCCACGGACCCGCCGGCGCUGUCGGCAGACCUGGAAACCGUGGAGAGAGUGGUCCUGUUGGUUCUGCCGGUCCUGCUGGAGCUGCUGGUGCAAGAGGUGCCCCUGGCCCUGCUGGACCUCGCGGCGAGAAGGGUGGCGCCGGAGACAAGGGUGAGAGAGGACUGAAGGGACUCCGCGGACACACUGGCCUCCAGGGAAUGCCCGGACCUGCUGGUCCUUCUGGUGAGCCAGGUUCUGCCGGUUCUGUUGGCCCCGCUGGUCCAAGAGGCCCAGCUGGUCCUCACGGCCCCCCUGGAAAGGACGGCAGGAGUGGCGUCCAUGGCGCCAUGGGACCCGCCGGCCACCGUGGUCUCCCUGGUCACUCCGGCCCCGUUGGUCCCCCUGGAUCUCCUGGUCUCCCUGGUCCCCCUGGCCCUCCUGGUGGCGGCUAUGACAUUUCUGGCGGAUAUGACGAGUACCGGGCCGACCAGGCUGCCCUGAGGGCCAAGGACUACGAGGUGGAUGCCACCAUCAAGUCCCUCAACACCCAGAUCGACAACCUGCUCACCCCUGAGGGCUCCAAGAAGAACCCCGCCCGCACCUGCCGCGACAUCAGGCUCAGCCACCCAGACUGGAGCAGCGGUUACUACUGGAUUGACCCCAACCAGGGCUGCAUCAUGGACGCCAUCCGCGCCUACUGCGACUUCACCACCGGCCACACCUGCAUCUACCCCAACCCUGGCAGCAUUGCCCGCAAGAACUGGUACAAGAGCGCCCAGGAUGGUGCGCCCAAGAAGCACAUCUGGUUCGGAGAGACCAUCAAUGGCGGCACUGAGUUUGCCUACAAUGACGACAGCAUCAGCCCCCAGAGCAUGGCCACCCAGCUGGCCUUCAUGCGCCUGCUGGCCAAUCAGGCAUCCCAGAACAUCACAUACCACUGCAAGAACAGCGUGGCCUACAUGGACGCCGAGAAUGGCAACCUGAAGAAGGCCGUCCUCCUGCAGGGCUCCAACGACGUGGAGCUGAGGGCAGAGGGCAACAGCCGCUUCACAUUCAGCGUACUGGAGGACGGAUGCACUAGACACACAGGCCAAUGGGGCAAGACAGUCAUUGAAUACAGAACGACGAAACCAUCUCGCCUGCCCAUCCUCGACAUUGCACCUUUGGACAUUGGUGGAGCUGAUCAAGAAUUCGGUUUGGACAUUGGCCCAGUCUGUUUCAAAUAAAUAGACUCAUGAUAAAUUAAAAGAGAGAAAGAAAAAAAAAAAGAAAAAAUCUCUGCCCUCUCUGUUUUUUAUACUGAAUGCUGAUUUCAUCUACCCAUCCACUUGCUUAAACCGGGCCCUAUCGGAGAAGACAACAAGACUGAAUGGAGCGUGGUGCAAUGCAAAUUAAUACAGAAGCCAGAGGCACGUGGGAAAAAAACCUUGUUGUGGGACAUGUCGUCAUUUGUAAAAUAAUAAAAGAGUAAUAAAAUCCAUGAAAGUACACGUCACUUUGUGGUCUUUGUAUAUCUUCCGAGGGGGAGGUUUAAAACCACAGCUUCCAAAGGUUUAAAACUACCUCACGCCCGUACCGAAAACCCACAUCCCAAAUGUACGAGUCUGACAGGCUUCAAGUUCAACCCUGUAUUAAAGGUGCUCGAUCUUGUGCGGCGAUACAUGGUGCUAUAUAAAUACGGUGGCAGACCAAACUACUUUUUACUGUAAUACUUUGUGUUGGCCACGCGGUGGCGUCUCGUGUAGUUCUCGCCGAUACCCCCUUGUUAAGCAGGUGGACCCCCCUUCCUCAAACUGUCUGUCUGGUUUUUGAUUUGUUUGGUUUUAUUCUUUUAUUUUGUGUCUCAUUUUUUUUGUAUUGCCCCCCUCUUUUUCCCCUCAAUUCCCUGUGUUCACGCUGUUAAGCACAUCUUGUCCAUCUGAAUGGGUUUAGGAGGCCUCUCUCAAAAAAACGAAACAGCAAAGUUUAUUGUACCUAUUUUGUAUAUGUGAGAUGUUUAAAUAAAUUGUGAAAAGUUCUGAAAUAAAGCAUGUUCAGUGUUCUACAAAAAA